AGGUCGAAGCGCCGGCGGCCAAUGGCAGCGCGGGCCGCUGGCGGGCACGGAGCGCACGCCUGAGGCGGGGGGUGGGCGCGGAGGCUGCCGGGGGCGGCGCUCGCUUCCUGCUGCCGCUCCGAGCCGCAGCCCCGCGAGGGAGCCCGGCGUGGCACGGCCCCGCGCCCAGGUUCAUGUUGGGGAGAGGUCUGAAACGCAAACUGAGUGACUAUGAGGAAAACAUGGCUGGUCUCUCAAGUGCCUUUGAUUCCAGUCGGAAUCUAACAUAUCCACUUAAGAGGCAGUUAGUGCUGAACAUGUGCCUCACCAAGUUACAAACUUACAAAAUGCUGGUGGAACCAGACUUACACCGUUCUGUCCUCAUAGCCAACACAGUGAGGCAAAUUCAAGAAGAGAUGAGGCAAGAGACUAGCCAGCAGCCAGUUAAUGUCUGCAAUGGCCUUGGCCUUCAUUCGCAAAACUACACAGGAGUUGAUUCAGCUGGAAUUUCUGCACAGUUGCUUUCAGGUGUUAACCAACAAGAGUCUAACUGUUGUGACUCGCGGUCUGCGGAGGAGCCAAUUGAAAACGGUCUGCUCAUGGUUUCAGAUGAUGACAUGUCAUCUGCCAUUUCCUCCAUUCUGAAGGAUUUGGACUUCAUGGAAGACAUAAGCCCACCUACUUGUUUGGUUCCUGCUGGAGAUGAUCAACCAAAGUCUCCAGAAAAUGUGGGUCUAAAACUAGAAGAUGAUAGGCAAGAGUUGAAGGGAGCUGAAUGUGUGUUUGGUUCCUUUGAAAUUUCAAAUUCAACCAGUUACUUGAAGGAUUUGGCUAUAGACGACAUCUUUGAAGAUAUUGACACUUCAAUGUAUGAUUCAGACUUCUGCUGUCCUCCACUGAUGCCAUCCAGAGUACCCCCUGCUACUACAGAAGAAACAUUGAAAACCUUCCCAACUUGCAAUUCUUCCUCCACAAACAAUAUUCAGAUAUGUAGAACAGAUCUGAGUGAGCUGGACCACAUCAUGGAAAUUCUUGUUGGAUCCUGAUAUUUAUUAUUUAUCCAAAGAUACUUUUUCUAUACUGCCACUUAACUAUGGUUUGAUGAUAAAACCACUGGGAAAGUUUUAUAAAGAAUUUUCUUAAAAUGAAAAAUGCAAUUGUCCCUGGGUGAUUCUUUUAAAAUAUUUCCAAAAGUUAUUAAGCAAACAAGUGGCAGAUAUUUUUUUAAAAAAAGAAAUAUUUAUUUAAGAAAUUGUGCAAUCAUCUUUUUCCUUCCACAGUGUUUGUAUGGAAAUAUGCACAUGCCCUUCCCAGCCCUCAUUCCCCUCUGAAUAAACUGUAUGUGCAAUUUUUAAUUUAUCUGAAGAAUUUACAUGUAAAAUGAAUUUCAUAUAAGGUGGUCUCUUACUAAGACUAGAUUUUAUUUUUAAUAUUGAAAUGCAUGCCAAGUAGGCAUACAUUGAGUUGCAUGUUCGGAUAGUACAGAUCCGACAGCAUUACUAGAGAUAUGGGUAUAUUUUAAAAAUAUUGAGACACAAAUCUUUCUUCACUUUGGUUGGAAAACCAGACUCGAGACACUUGUCAGCAAAGUAAUCUUGCAUUUUCUAAAACAUUCAAAACUAUUUAUUUUUGUAAAUUUUAUAGUCUUUCUACAUUUUACUAUGUUGUUCAUCAUAGCUUAAAUAUGAGUUUCUAGGUGGAUGUGGCUAGCACUACCUCUCUAAGCUGAAAUGCUUUAACUCUUUCUAGUGCUUUGUCAAAGACUGCAGAUUUUUUCCCUUUGUGUUCCUGGGUGGUGAGGGUUUUUUUUUUCUUUAUGGGGAGAAAAUCCUUUUAAUUCAUUGAACAGAUCCUUUGUUUGACAGUGAUGUAGCUGAUUUGUGAAAUUAAAGGUAUUAAAUGUUUAUAAUUUGUACAAGUAUUUACAAAUGUAAUUUAUGUGUAGAUUGAAUUUAACAUUUUUCUGUCAGUAUUAUGUGCUUAGAUUUUGAAUAAUCUUGGCAUUCUUUAAAUUAGCAUUUAAUAUGUACAGGUAGGGUUUUUUUGUUCUUUUUGGAGAACACUGUUUCUCAGUCCUGUUUUCACUACAGAGCUAGAUGAUUUUUAUGUGCAAUAUUAAAUAUACACAUUUGCACACCUGGCAUCAUAGAGCAAAGUGCUUUAAAUUUGAACUUGCAAAGUAGCACCUUUGGAGGGUACCUGAAGAGCCAACUUCUCUAUAUCCUUUAAGAGACAACUUAAGAAGCUAUUUCUUGUAGUAAUAAUCCUUAUUGUUUAAAUUACUCCGAAAUAUUAAUUUUAAAAUGGUGAGUUAUCUCUGAGUAAGUACUAUCAUCCUGCAGCUGUGUCUGUGAGCUCAGGGGUCUUGCCACUCGUGUGCAGCAGCAGGACUGGCCUUCACGUGCAGAAAGCGUGUCUAUCUUAGAUAUGGAUGACCAUCAACAGUUCCUUGUAGUUAGCAAGGGUGGGGGGGAAGGGGGUUAUCUGUUUGUUUUGAUUUUACAUAUAUAUAAAUGCAUUAAUUAACUAAAGAUGAGGUUUGCAGUGAGAAUUAUUUUUCCCUGGAGUAGUCCAAUCUUUUUUUUUCCCAACUCAGACUGGGAUCCCUGGAGGUGCUUUCUGAACAAGGUAUUUGGCCACCUCUAUUUUUUCUAGAAACUUGCAUUGUAGCCUUCAAAGCUGCAGCACAUUUAUAACGUAUGUAGUUUUAAAAGCAUUGCUGUUCCACCUCAGAGUAACUGUUGUCCAUGUCCCUUUUUUUUCUCUUCUCAUCCAGAAGAUGUGCAGCAGUAACCAUGUAGCCAUCUUGGCUAUUGUAGUAUUCUGUUUUAAAAAAAAAAAAAAGUUUUCUCUCCUUCACACUCGCUCUCUCCUAAUACCUGUGGAAGCGAUCUAAAAGUGCUACUGUUGAGCUUUGUCUCUUCUAGGUGAGGCUUCUGCACAGCAGCAGAACGGUAGAGGAAUGCCCCCAGAGUGUGUCCAGAAACAAGGAACAAAAUCCUGGCACCGGCAAAUUCCAUAGGAAUUUUACCAUUAACUCCACUGGGGCCAAGGGUUUUGUUUUUUUUUUAAUUCAAGGGGUUUUUUUUAAUUCAAUUAAUAUAUGCCACAGCACAGAGUAACCGAUUCUAAAGUUGAGAUUUUAGAUCAUGUAACUCUUGGCUACUAGCUAGCCAAUCAGUACAAUCAGGUCCCUCAAAAUAGUGCAGAACCAGUUUAGGCCAUAUCUUCUCAACCAUUUGAAUUAUAUGGAAAUUGAAGGGUAUGUAUGUACGUGAACACAAUGUAACGGUUCUGUUAAUAUGGGAUUUCUGAUGCUAUCAAAUAUUCCAAAUCACUGGAUAAAGGGAUUAAUUUUAAAAGUGUAUAAAUACUUAUGGAAAAAGGUACAGCUUCAGAAUGUACACAGACUGUGCAUUGUGUAUAGACUACUCUGGCUUUUUCUCAGUCUCUACUUUUGUAUUAAUACAAGAUAUGCCUGAAUAAAUCUUUGAAAUACUA